AUGGCAGCUUCGGUAUAUGCUACACCACCACCGGAUUUCAGCGGUGAAGAAGCUACGCUGAGUGAUACAUCCAAUUCGUCACAAACCAACAGUUCUAAUAACUCUGCGAUGAAAGCUUCGAAACGAUCACUGUCGACUACAUUUCUCAGCUCACCGCAGGCCAUCAACGCCCAGCUUAGCUCGGACAGUUUGCCAGAUUUAUCUAAAAAGCGUCGCAAACAGUCAAUGCCUAGUCGUAUAUCCGCAAACGGGCAGGAGAAUAGCGAGUUAGCUGCUCCCACUGUUCUCGACGAAAAGGAUGAACGUGACAAAUCGGAUACAAAUGCAAUUGAAACAAUUGCUAGUGCAUUUGCAGAGCAGCAAACCAACUUCCAGAAAAUAUUCCUAUCGAAUCUUAGUCAAUUACAAAAACAGCAUCUGCUGCAGCAGCAGUUGGAGGUCCAACCAGAUGAGACCGACACUAGUGAUGAGUUGUUACUGAACGGAAGUGGCUCUUUAAUUUCCCUUAAAAGCCAAGAAAGUUUGCUUAACAUACCUUCAUCGUUGAAUGAUCUUGCGGCGGGCAAAGUUAAGCCUAAAGAUACCAAUGAAUUGGACAAUGCCGAUGAAAUCGCUAAAACAAAUGGUAAUGAACAAACAAGCUUUGAUAGAAAUGAGAAUGAAAUCAAAGAUAAUCCAUGCCAAGAGAAUGUUGAAUCAUUGGAUGAUAUAAAAAACACCUCAAUGAAGCUUACAAGAACUGAUCACGCAGAAGAACCAAAGUUGCAAGGAUUGAUGUUCAAAAAGGAACCGAUGCAAGAUGUCGAAUGGGAUGGAGAAAUUCGCAAUUCGUUGAUGUCUAGCGUAGCAAAGUCUGAUGACUGGUUGCCAAUACAAGGCUUACCGUUUCCUUUCUCGCCUGAAGCAGCUGCAGCUCUCUCUGCUUCGGGAUACCUUCCGCAAGUUCCGCUGCUUGGAAUGCCAUCCGUAUCAUCUUUCGGUGCGAAUGAUAAUGCAAAUCGCCCAAAUGUUCCUCCGCUGAGAAUUUUCAAUCCCGAAGCAUAUUGUGGUCUUUGCAAUAAAGAAUUCUGUAAUAAGUACUUUUUGAAAACACACAAGGCGAACAAGCACGGAAUUUAUGAACCACAGAGUGGCAACAAUGAUUCACUUCCAAGCAUUGGCCCGUUCAACCCUUUACAUCAACUGUCGCAGGUAUUUCAUUUGCAACAACAGCAACAACAAGCGGCUCUACAAGAGCAGCAAGAGAAAAGCAACCAUGCGAGCCAAAACCAAACUCAGGACCCAGUAUCCGCACAGCAAUCCCAAAUGCGAUCGAAUACCUCCCCAAAGCUGCCAAUGAAUUCGAUUCAACCAACAGUAUUUUGUGACGUUUGUUUUAAGAAGUUUAGCAGCCUCAGUGCAAUGCGCAAGCAUCGUAGUAAAGCGCACGAUAUGUCCACUGCCGGUCAACAGCCCCAACAACAAAUACAGCAACAGUGCCAGUCACAGCCGCAACAACAACAGCAGCAGCAGCAAUUGCAAAAUCAACAGUUACUGGAACACAGAUCAGAACCAGAACUAUCAAAUAUGUCUUCAGUCCGACUGCCCGAAGGAUUUCGUGAGGAUUACUCAAUCGAGCAAGAGGAUGCAUCAUUCACACCACAACCACGCAAGUUAUCACCAGUGUCGAUACUGGCUGCACGGGAGGCCAAUUUUUCUGUAGAGAAACUGAAGCGUCUCGGUGUGAUCAAUCCGGAAGCUUUUUGUGAAAUUUGUUGCAAAGAAUAUUGUAACAAGUAUUUUCUUCGAACUCACAAACUGAAGCGCCACGGGAUUUUUUUGCCACCGGAGGAACUUAAAGAGGAACGGAGUCCGUGGAAUUUCGUGCAAACAAGCCCGUUGAAUUUGAUUGUUGGUAAUAAUGACAUGCCGAUGUUUCCACCUCCCUUGAAAAAGUUAACAAACGAUGAAGAUGAAGAUUUGCCCAAAUCUGACCUUUCAAAGAUAACAGAUUUAAAUGAAUCGAACGAAGCUGCUCAAAAUAAUGAGGAAGACUCUAAUGAAAAGCAUGCGGCAUCAAAUGCAGAGCAGGAGGCUGAAGCUAUCAGCGUAGACUUACAGAAACUACAAUCAAUGAUAAUGCAACUGAACGAUUUAAAUAAUCAACAAAAAAUGACAUGCGGUAUUUGCGGAAAAGAGAUGGAGAACCAGUACUUACUGCAUGCCCACAUGAUACAGGAGCAUAACCAUUUGAAUGAAAACAACAAUGGAGUAAAAUCUCCUUCCACAUUGGCCCUCAUGCCAACGUCACCCAACGAAUAUGAAGUGUGCAAGCAGUGUGACAAAGAGUUCUCAAAUGCGUUUAUGCUGAAGCAGCACUUAAUUGAGGUUCAUGGAGCGCAAAAUGGCAGUCCUAAACGGGAUGGUUUCGUCACUCCGGAUCGUCCUACCACUACUCCGACUUUAAGCAUGCCGCCUGGACCUAGUUAUAUCGAACGGAAGCCCACAUUUUCUAUGACUCCAACCAGUAGCUACUGCGAGAUUUGUAACAAAGAGCUGUGCAACAAGUAUUUCAUGAAAACUCAUAUGCAAAGAAUGCAUGGUAUCGAGAUAGAGAAUGGAGCACAGAUUGGAGGGGUUGUGUGCAAUAUCUGCAACAAAGAAUUGUGUAGUAAGUAUUUUUUGCGAGUUCACAAACACAAUACACACGGUAUCGUCGAGGAAGGUGCACCAUUGCCCCAACCAAGAAGCAAUGGUGAGUCACCAGCUGGGGAGAGCACAGAAACACCUUUUUCUGCUGAUAGUAUGCUGAAACCGGGUGAAAUAUCCGAUGUAAGUAACCGAUAUUAUUCUCACUUCACGGAGGUUUGCCCGCUUUGUAGUCGAAGAUUCCGAAGUGCUAAAUGGUUAAGAGCGCAUCUCCUAAGUGAUCACGGCAAAGUGGGCGUCGACAAACUCCGUGAAAUCGAGCACAAGUUGGGAAGCGGAAGCAAGUCAAGUAGCCCUUCGUUGAAAAUACCUAAUGGAACAUUACAGGUGAACAGUGUAGAGCCAAAGUUCAAUCCGAAGACCGCAUUUGGAUUUAAUUCACCUGACGCAAAGUUCCUUAUGAAAAAUCCGUUUUCAGGCCUUUUUGGUACGGACCAUUCGAAUUCCAAUGUGGGACCUAAAAAUUACCAGUGCUCGUACUGCCCGUUUGCCACACCGUUACUUCCUUUGCUAUUCAUACAUGAGAGAACACAUACCAGUUUGAACAUUGUUCAGCAGCAGCUGCUGCAGGAGGAUGAAAAACUGCAGGAUAAUCAAAUGUCUUCAUUGUCACCACUAGUCAUUAAAUCUGAAUCUGCUGUUUCUCUGGCAAAAGAAGCUGGCCGUUUUUCAAUCCCAACUUCAAUUCCGUCUACGGAAACUCCAUCUUUAACCCCAGCAUCGACUCCAGUUCCAUCGAUAUCACAAGAACCUAUUAAUUUGGAAGCGUCUCCCCGUUCGCAACACGUCCCAUCGCCCGUACAGCAACAAUGCGACCAGGAAUCAUCGCUACCAGCCACAGAUCCAGUACCUCCGCCGCCAGCGGAAUCUCCCAAAUAUUCCGUACCAAAAUCUGAACCAAGUGGAAUCCUAACGGAAAUGGCAAAUAUUACUCAGCGACCGGCGAUGUAUGCAUUGCCGCAACAAACUGGGCCGCUACUCAUGCAGUCUUUUCUAAUAGAAGAGUCCUCUGAUGCGGCGGCCUCAAAGACUGUCGCUGAUCAACCAUCUGGAAACAGGUUUGUACCAGCUGUUGUUUUUCUACCUGUUAAAGAACGUAUCCUUUCUCCGAUGACAAUAUCGUUCACACUGAGUCCCGCUUAG